AUGGAAAAUCUCGGUUCUACGAGUACGAUUGAGCCAGUCAGCAGGGAAGUUGUCCUUAAACAGCCAAUUACCUUUCAGAAUGAUGAACUUGCCGAAAAGGUUAACGUUUGCUUUUCUGUGGAGCCGCUUAUCCUCCAAAGGCUUGGACAACAUCCGCGAAUUGUAAAAUAUCUUGGUCAACGGGGCCGCGGGAUACUACUUGGAAAAGCAAGCCACAGCAAUCUUCAAGCCUAUAUGGACAGUCUCCCUUCGAUUCACCUGCGCCAACGGAUAAUAUGGUGCCGACAAUUGGCUGAAGCUAUCUCCUAUAUCCACAGCCGCGGCGUUGUUCACUCGGAUCUUCGCCCUAGGAACGUUCUUGUGCACGAAACAAUAGCAGGGUCUCGGGAUCUAUUGCUGUGUGACUUUGGCGGGUCUACGUGUGAUGACUUAGGUCUAGAUGGGGGCUGCCUCCCCGACGGCCCGUUCUACCACCCUACCUUUGAAGCCGCUUCGACACCAGCUCUCGACAUAUUUGGGCUUGGUUCUCUGUUUUACACCAUUAUGACAGGGCACUGGCCUUACCGAUCAACCCCAGGUGCACCCGAAACAAUAGAGGAGAAGCUGGCUUACGAAAGGGAGCUCGCCGACGCUUUCAACGACGAAAAUUACCCAGACGUGACGAGACUAGUAGGAGGCAACGUGAUUCUAGCCUGCUGGAAAAGGCAGUACUCUACAGCCGAUGAGGUUCUACGCGCCUUAGACAAAGAAGUUGAUGUAUCUGUUGUUGAGCCGGGCGCAAAGGAUAUUAACUACGUUUCAAAGCUUUUUCUUGGUGGUAUACUUGUCGCUGCCUUAGUGUCCUCAGUAUUUAUACUUGUCCGGCAACAGCGCCGGUAA